AGAAGGUAUUAACACCAUGCUGCAAUUUUUCCAUGACAUCAGAGAAAUUUUAUAUUUCAACCAAGAAUUCCUAAGUAGAAUAAUUGUACUUGAUGUUCAAUGGUUUGCAGAUGCAUUCAAAAAUGUCAUCACCGAUAAAAACCAUGCAGCAGAGGAUUUAUUUAAGCUCGCCUCACAAUGGGAUAAAUUUAAUGAAACGGGAGAACUCAGUGACCCAUUACUGUCUGCGAUAUGGGAAAUGAACAACAAUGGGUACCUUGAGCACAAAGAUGAAAUCAUGCGCUACAUGGAGAAGCUUGGUCUCUCGGCUAAAAUGGAUGAAAACAAAUGGUAUGUCCCCUGUAUGAACAAAAAAACAUUUCCUGCGGAAUGCUUUUCAUCAUACCCUGCCUCAUCCAUCCUCUGCUACGUGUUUGAUGCUCUUCCUGCUGGAAUUUUCCAGCGCCUGAUAGCUAUUUGCAUCCAAAUACCAUGGAAACUUAAUUCAAGUCGUGAUGAACUAUGCAUUUACCAGACAGUAGCUGUGUUUCGUUUUGAGAAUCAUAACAUUCUGAUUGGUAUGACACCAACAGAAAUUCAUUCACAAGUGUUUGUAAUUGAAGGAGAAGUCGAUAAAUCUAUAUGUCAACAAAUAAAGCACAAGAUAGACAAUAUACUGAACAUUCUCUCAGAAACAUUUCAUGCAGACUCUAAAUUUGCUCACGCUUUCAAAUGCAAAGCUACGGGAUUCUGUGAUAACAAUGAAAGUUCUGUGAUCCCACAAUCAGAAUUUAUAAAACUUAAUUUUCAGUGCCCUGCCUGUCCAAUUGGGAGAAUGCAUAACAUCAACUCAAAGGAUAUCACGAAAUUUUGGAUCCAGGUACAUGACGAUGAAGCUGAGCUUUCGGAAGGUAAAAGUAUAGAUGAAAGUUCACAGUCAGGGAGUUCUGGACCAAGUGAUUCACAUCCUAAAGAUAAUUUUGACAAGAUAUUUAAGUUGAUACAAGUUGGAACUGAUGCAAUUAGAAUCUGCUUUGAUAAAUUCUUCCCAAAAGAGGAUUUAGAAAAGACUCUGAAAGAAAACGAAACAGACAUAAGAAGAGGACAGUUCCGAUUCCAACCACCUCAACUAGAGAUUCUCUUCCCAAAGCAAGGAGGAUCCAACACUAGUGUAUCAUCUUUAUCUAUGGACGUUACCAUUAUGUAUAAAUUGUUGAGGAAUUUCUCGGACAUUGCUCCCCCAGGAAAUGGAUGGGGAAAAGAACCUAGAAUAGUGGACAUCACAGAGAGUGACGACAUAGAAAGAAUCCGUUUAUAUAGAAAUAAAUAUAGCCAUGAUCCAGGAGGUAGGCCCGUAAUGAGUGAUGAUGUUUUUAACAUAAUCUGGGCUGAUCUUUCUAAGGCCAUAUUAAGACUCAGUACUGAUGUUUUGAAGAGAAGGAUAAGUGAAAUAUAACUGAAUGGAUAUUAAAAUUUA